AUGUCUUCUAAUUUUAGGUUGAAAGGCAAAGUUACAAUUAUAACUGGUGGUGCAAGAGGGAUUGGAGCUGCAACAGCCAAGUUGUUUGCCCUUAAUGGAGCUCAUGUAAUCAUCGCGGACAUCCUGGACGAAUUAGGAACUAGCCUCGUGGAAUCAAUAGGAGGUCGCUACAUACACUGCGACGUGGCAAAGGAAUCCGACGUGGAAUCAGCGGUCCAGUUGGCAUUAACAUGGAAAGGACACCUAGACAUCAUGUUCAACAAUGCUGGCAUCCCAGGCAUGGAUGGCAGCAUAGCCAACAUAGACAUGGACAAGCUGAAUAGACUACUAGCAGUUAACCUUAAUGGUAUGGUUCAUGGAAUCAAGCAGGCAGCAAGGGCUAUGAUUAAGGCUCAAUCCGGGUGCAUCAUAUGUACUUCAAGCUCAGCAGCACUCAUGGGUGGUUUAGGUUCUCAUAGCUACACAUUGUCUAAGGAAGCCAUCCUUGGGUUGGCCAAGAGUGCAGCUUGUGAACUAGGGAUGUAUGGGAUACGUGUGAAUUGCAUCUCUCCACAUGGGAUUCCCUCAGAAAUGCUCGCCGACGGCUACCGGAAUGUUUUAAAGGAGCCGGAGAUUUCGAUCGACGACGUAGAGAAGCGAGUGGCCAAGGUUGAUAAUGUAUUGCGUGGGAGGAACGGCAGAAUGGCAGAUGUAGCACAAGCAGCCCUCUUCCUUGCUAGCGACGAGGCUGGAUUCAUAACAGGGCAUAAUCUGGUGGUAGAUGGGGGAUUCACUACUUGCUUUACUAAUAUGAGACUCAUGUAUCAGUGAUAUGCAACUCUGCACUUGAAACGAAUCUACAGAUUUUCGGCUUAGC